AUGGCUGCCACUGGAUCUUCCAAUUCUUCACCUGUUCCUUCGGGUCCCAAAAUCCUCCUAGCGAAGCCGGGGCUGGUCUCUUCAGGACCCGUUUCCGGAAAAUUCGGACGCAGUGGUGCCGAAGACGAAACGACCGCGCAUCGAUCUCGUCUUCCAUCGCUCAAUCUGCUCUCCGAUUCUUGGGACUUCCACAUCGAUCGCUUUCUCCCGUUUUUGACUGAGAAUACGGACUUCACUGUGGUGGGUAUAAUCGGGCCGCCUGGAGUGGGCAAGUCCACGAUUAUGAAUGAGCUUUAUGGGUUUGAUGGAAGCUCGCCGGGGAUGCUGCCUCCUUUUACUAUACUAUCAGAAGAUACUAGAGCCAUGGCAAGGCAUUGUACUUCAGGAAUUGAACCAAGGAUUUCUGCUGAACGGCUUAUACUUCUUGAUACCCAGCCUGUAUUAGCUUCUUCCGUUUUAGCUGAGAUGAUGAGACCUGACGGCUCGUCCACAGUUCCAGUUCUAGGUGGUGAAUCUUUAUCUGCUGAGUUGGCACAUGAACUUAUGAAUAUACAGCUUGGUGUUCUACUAUCUUCCAUUUGUCACAUUCUGCUGGUGGUUUCUGAGGGGGUCCAUGAUAAUAACACGUGGCGUUUGAUGUUGACGGUUGACUUGUUGAAACACGGCAUACCUGAUCCAUCUUCUUUGAAUGCUUCCCAUUCACAGAGCUCCAAUUCAGGUUCUGAAAAAGAGAAUAAAGAUAAAGCAAAUGAGGUUGAGGAGUAUAUGGCUACUCCAGUUUUUGUGCAUACAAAACUCCAAGAUCAAGAUCUUACUCCACAUACUUCGGAGCAACUGAGGAAGGCAUUGGGGCGAUAUUUCAGCACCUCUUCAUUUGUUAGAAACAAAUGUGGAAACACCGCCAUUGAGCCUGUAAAUCCCAGUACUCAAUGCAGUGUUACAGAUUCAACAGUACCAAAAUUAUUUCUGAUCCCGUCUAAGAACAAAGAUGAUUCUCCCUGUGCUCUGUCUGAAAGUUACGUUUCCACACUAUGGAAAUUGCGGAAUCAGGUCCUAUCUAUGAACUGCCCUUCUUUUGUGAGGACCGUUUCUGAACGUGACUGGUUGAAAAAUUCUGCCAAGAUAUGGGAACUUGUAAAAAGCUCUCCGAUCAUCUCGGAUUACAGCAGAAUGCUUCAAAGUUCUGGUAUGUUUAGGAGGUAGUCAAUCCAAAAUGUUUCAUAUGGUUUUUCUUUCCUAGGCGAUACCAUAGAUAAUCCUGGUUCACCGUUUUGCUAUGAAGUAGUUUUUCUCAUGUCUUAUUAAUGAUAAUGUUGAAGUAUCAAUUUCCUAAUUAGGAUAUGUAUCAGCUAGAGCCCUUGAUAAUUAGAAGUAACUUACAGCUUAGGAUUUGAUUUCUUGAUAUUAUAAUCCUGUCUACUAAACUCCUUAUUUAUACCAAGGGAUGGUGAAUUUAUGUAUGUUCAGAAAGUUGAUUUGAAUGGGAGUGUAGAUGAGGUUAAUAUCUCCAUGUUUGUGCACUAAUUUUGAAAGAAGAAUUUUGCAUUAUUCAAUGAUAACAGG